AUGGGUGUGUGCCCUGAAGGACGAGAUGACUUCCUCUCGACUCAAGUGCCCCUACUAAACGAGGAACACAAAAGACCCCUGAGACAAUCAAAUGAUGACAGCAAGUCUAUCGAUGGUCGAAUGGAGCAGUAUCACAAUGCUAUGAUUGCAUUCCCGGGCGCGGGAUCUUAUGGCUUAGAUGUCAUCUCGCAGACUGCAGCACAUAUGAAUGCGAACGUUUAA